AUGGCCCAGUUUCCAUACUACCGGCAGCAUGCACUGCUGAAGCUUCCGGGUCUCAAGAAACUGGACGGGACAGCUGUGGAGGAGGGGGAGGUGGAGGCGGCAAGGCAGGCUGUGGACAAGGAGCGGGUUGCACUCGCAGUCAUGGUGCACAAUGCCUGCAUCACACAUAAGCUGGCACGCAUCCACCAAAUUUUGUGCGUCCACACAGAGCUGCGGCAGCGCUGGUUGAGACAGCCCCAUCGCUUCCUGUGGGAUGGCCCCUGGCCCAUUCACAGGCCCCCUGACGUGGUGAAGAUGCUGCAGAUGUGGGAUUAUGAGCGCCAGCUCACUAAGCAGAACAAGGAAAGCAUCACGCGCUCUGUGCAGCUCGAAAUCUUGCGCGAACACAGAAAGGCAAGUCCCAAGAGAGGGAAGACAUCCAUGGGGAGCUGGAGGCAUGCCAUGUCACAGGUGAUGCUGGCCCAGCAGAAAUCCAUAGCUGCAUCCAUAGACGACAUCCACGCAUCCCAGGCUCACUCCGAGCUGGCGGCAUCCAAACUAGGCCUCUCGGUCCCUCAGGGGCGGCUGGAAAGGCUGCAAGACCUUCUACAACCCCAGCAUGGUCCACCAUGCUCCUCCAG